AUGUCAAUCGUUCCCGGCGGAGGCGGCGGCGGGAGCGGGGACGGUGCGCGGGGCAGCGGGGAAGCGCGCCAGGUGUAUCCGACCCUAACAAGCACGAAUUAUACCAGUUGGUGUAUUCGUGUUCAGGCGAUCAUGGAGGAUCGGGAGGAGUGGGAGGUUGUGGAGCCGAAGGAGAGCACAUCGGCGACGGAGCCGACGGCGGCGAAAGCGGCAAAGCUGACCGCCAAGGACAAGAAGGUGAAAGCCCAUCUACUUGAGUGCAUCCCCGACAACAUCUUGAUGCAAGUCGCCAAGAAGAAGACGGGGAAGGAGCCCGAUCGGUAUCUCACCGUCGUGGCAGGUAUUGAACAGUUCUAUGAUCUGAAGACCCUAGCGUUCGAUGAAGCAGUGGGACGCCUGAAGGCCUUUGAGGAGCGCACACGGCGGGGAAGCAGUGGCUCUCGAUCGAUGAAAGGCCAAGUCUUGCUAACUCAGGCAGAGUGGGAAGCAAGACAGAAGAAUGCUGUUGGAGAUUCCUUAGGGAAGGGGAAGAGAGGUGAUGGGAGUUGGCGAGGGAGUGGUCAUGGUCGGGGAGGCAGCAGCAGUGGCUGUGGAGGUGGUGCUGACGCUGGCAGGGAUGGCAACUUGAAGCGUGACAAGAGUCACAUCAAAUGCUUCAAGUGCCAUGGCUAUGGUCACUACGCCAACCGAUGCCCAGGUGAGAAGAAGAAGGAGGAGGCACAUUAUGCCAAAGCAGAAGAGAAGGAGCAUUCAGUGCUGUUGGCUGAAACGGCCUUGCCGGGACAGCUACAAUACUCAUUCGACAACAGGGCUCCAAAGGUAGUGGAGAAACAAUCUGAUAGACUGAUCAUGAAAGUUCCCAGGACAGUAAACAGGAUGUACAAAAUUGAGUUGAACACAGUGGAACCUGUCUGUUUGAUGGCUAGCAUAGAAAAUGAAGUUUGGUUGUGGCAUGGAAGAUUAGGACAUGUCAACUUUAGAUCCUUGAAACAAUUGGUGGGGAAAGGAAUGGCUUUUGGGGUUCCUAUCAUUAGUCACCCUGAACAAGUGUGCAGUGACUGUCUGACAGCCAAACAAACAAGAGCAAGCUUUCCUAGAGCUACUCAGUGGCAAGCAGAAGAGAAGCUCAAAUUGGUCCAUGUGGAUCUGUGUGGUCCAAUUUCACCAGAAACAGCAGGAGGGAAUAAAUACUUAAUGCUGUUGGUUGAUGAUCACUCAAGGUGGAUGGAAGUGCACAUGCUUAAGAGCAAAGAUCAAGCACUUGCUGCUUUUGUAAAGUACAAGGUAGAAGUUGAAAACCUGACAGAGUGCAGAAUCAAGACUCUUAGAAGGAAGCCAAGUUUGGGACAUUUGAAGGUGUUUGGGUGUACAGCUCAUGCCAAGGUUGUUACACCACACCUGAAGAAACUUGAUGACAAAAGCAGGAAGCUAGUGUAUUUUGGGGUUGAGGAUGGAAGCAAGGCAUACAGGUUGUAUGAUCCAGCCUCAAACAAAAUUGUUGUCAGCAGGGAUACAGUGUUUGAAGAGAGUAAGGUGUGGGACUGGGAUGGAGAAGUUUCUGUGGAUUUUAUAGUUGAUGGUGAAUCAUCAACAUAUUAUUUUGGUAGUGGAAGUGCAAGUAGUGAGGUCAGGUGGCAGAGUGAACAGAUGCAACAUGGAAAUGAUACAGUACCUGAAGAUUCAGAAAAUGUGCCAGAUGAGCUACAGUGGCUAGCUGAUCAAGAAAUGCAGAAUGAUACCUCUGCAGAAUUCUCAGGAGCUGGUUUCUCCACACCACAAUAG